ACUGUCUUCAGCCGAACAACUCAACGCAAGCAAAAUCAGUGAAAAUGAAAUUCUUCGCCGCCGCCGCCUUCAUUGCCACUUUGGCUUUUGCCAGCGCUGAUGUCUCCCACUUGGGCUAUGGUUACGACCAACCCGCUGCUAGCGCACCAUCCAACCAAUACAUCCCACCUGCAGCCAGCGCUCCAGCUCCAGUGUACUCUGCCCCAGCUCCAUCCUACAGUGCCCCAGCUCCAGUUUACCAACCAGCUGCUGCUGCCCCAGAGCCAGUGUACUCUGCCCCAGCUCCAGCUCCGGUCUACCAACCUGCGCCAUCUGCUCCAGUCUCAUCUUACAUCCCCCCUGCAGCUAGUGCUCCAGCACCAGUCUACAGUGCCCCAGCACCAGUCUACAGUGCCCCAGCUCCAGUCUACCAACCAGCUGCUGCUGCCCCAGAACCAGUCUACUCUGCCCCAGCUCCAGCUCCAGUCUAUGCCCCACAACCAGCUGCAUCUGAAGUCUAUGAGCAACCUGCUCAAGAUGGUUACAGAUACCGCACUGUGCGUCGUCGUGUCUUCAAGCACCGUCGUUUCUAAACUGUGAACUGAUUUUCGAAAUAAAUUUGUUGUUAACUGGUAAAA